AUGACGGGUCGGUGGACAACGACAGAGAGGCGGGAUGCGCCGACGAAGCGCCGCGGCAGUGACGUGGGCAGCGUCUUAGGGGUCUAUUACCAGACCCUUACCGGAGUCGGCCCGGAAGCGGGCAGCAGCACAGUCGAAGGGACAGCGGAGACGGGGUGUUGGGCGACGAGGCAGGGGUUAUUAUACGUGCUGGACAGUGCCACGUACAGCAGAUACACGGUACUCUCGCUCGUUUCCGAGCCUAACUAG